AUGGCCGAGCGCAAUGAUAACCGGCGUUCUUUCGACUCCCAAGCCAGCUCCUCUACCCUUGGGGCGAUGCCAGUCGUCGAGGUCGAGAGCUACCUGACCGCUCCGGCUGCCCGGUGGUCUACGGCGAAUCGCAUCUAA